AUGAGGGUUAUAGCACUUCUAUCUUGCCAUUAUAACAGUGCUUCACUGCGCCUCUUCGCGCCUCUUCUUGCCGAUGCGCAUCUCGUAGAUGCCGUACCUCAGCCUUUUACCUCGCUCUUCCACUCGGGCUUAUCCCCCCCCGACAUCUUUUCACGUUUCACGGCCGCGCUCAAGACUUGGUUCAACUACUGGCUCACGGUCCCUGUAUGCUCCUACUUCUACUUGCCCCAGCCUGCCUCCUCUCAGCUCAUCCACGCCUCCAGGAACCUCGUCGAGUGGGUGAGACUGUGUGGCCCGACCGCGGUUAAAUUCUCCAGUACUGGCACCGAGAGCCCUUCCUUGUCUCAGAAAGAAGUCACCACGCCUCUGCAGCCAUUGCCAUCAUUCAUCGGCGUCCUACCGUGCCCAGAGCUGGUCGCCCCCAAGCCUUCCGCGUCAGCCUCAGACUCCAGUUGUUAUGCCCAAGCGAUACUCGACAUGCUCCGGGCUGAAGUCAUUGCGCAGCCCCAGCUCCGUGUGGACGCCCUCGGUAUCGCCGAGGCCAUGGCUGUUCGGUUCGAGUCUGCAAAGAAAGAGAUGGCCGCGGCGCAAGGCGGGGUGUGGGAGAACGACAUGUGGGACGCAGCCGCGCAGCAGAUGUGGAUUAAGAAAGCCAGGGUCGAGAAGUGGUGCGAGAGUGCUGCCGUCGCGGCGAUUGACAGGGAGAGCCAGCCGCUAGUCAUCCCUCUCGACCACGGCGAGGCGACGCCUGCCUGGUGGAGUAGUGACAAGUUCGAGUCACAAGAUGGCCAGGACAACUGGCAGUGGGCGAGUGACGCGUUUGAUGGGAUGGACUGCGAUGCAGCAUUCCUUGAAAUCUCCGGGGACUGGUCUACGGAUAAGUGUGGCUCCGGCACUGAGACCGUCGUCAAGAGAUUCGGCGUCUGGGCAAUUGACGCCUAA